UUUGCACGACAUACGAGUUGGCAGUGCGCGCAGUUUAUUCGUAUAAUUAAGAUCCAAAGUGAAUUAAUGCAGUAAAUUUUAAAGUUUUCAAUAUAUAUACAUAUAUUUAUAUCGAUUUAAAAAAAGUCGAGAUACUAGACAUUAUAGAAAGUGCGAAGCGACGCCACGCCACGCCACGCCCCGCCUCGCACCGCAUCAGCUGGGCUCACCUCAACACAUUUAGUUCAGUUCAGUUUUAGAUAGAAAACGUUACCGAGCCCGAAAUCAAAAUGUUUCAGCCAUAGGAACAGACGGCCGUUCGAAUAUAUUAUCGAAACUGAAACGUUUGCCGGGCAUUCCUAGGAUCAGAAACAGAAAUAAAUAAAUAAAGGAGACAACACUCACACUGCAUUUGAGAAGAGCGUCGCCAACAGCAAGUAAUACUUGAAACAACGUUAAGACGAGUCUGGAGAAUGGUUAAAAAGCAAGUCGGUUUAGAAAACAGCGCGUCCUUAGUAGUAAGUCAGCAGUCUGAGCAGCAGCCGGAUCAGCAGCAAAAGCAACAACAACAGCAGCAACAUCAUCAUCAUCAUCGUCAACCCGAGCAAGCGCAACGCAUCGACAUAGAUAUCGACUUGACGCCGGAGGAUCCGAAGAACGGUUACAACUACGCUCGGCAGGCAAAUGCCAUCUACGCGCCAUUGAGGUCAGCCAAUAGCACAAGUCAUGAGAGUGAAUUGCCGCCGCAUAAGCUGCAACUGCAGCAUGCGCAUCUUGCCACAACGCCCUACAAUCUCAACACUGUGUCGCCACAGAAUACUGUGUCCAUGGCAGUGGCCGUCUCGAGCGUGCCGCUGUCCAUCAUGCCCACUGAGAUACCUGCCGAGGACGAGGAGCGGCUCGAGCGCAUCUUCAAUCAAUUGGACCGCGACGGCGAUGGCAAAAUCGACAUACACGAUUUGUCCGCGGCCCUGCACGAGUUCGGCAUGUCCAGUGUCUAUGCGGUGAAAUUCCUGCAGCAGUCGGACAAGAAUCAAAGCGGCAACGUGGGGUUCGCCGAAUUUCUGCACUAUGUGCGAGAGCAUGAGAAGAAUUUGUGCCUGCAGUUCUCGCACUUGGACAAAAAUCGGGAUGGGAAAGUGGACCUGGAGGAGUUAAUAUCUGCAUUCAAGGAUUUGGGCCUGGACAUUGACAUCGAUGAGGCUAGAAAACUGCUUAGCAGAAUGGACAAGGACGGCAGCCUAAACAUAAGCUUUAAUGAGUGGCGCGACUUUAUGCUUCUAGCGCCCUCAACGGACAUUCAUGAUCUGAUCAAAUUUUGGCGGCACUCUACUGCGGGCGUGCAAGGAUGGCUGAUGUCGUUGAUGUUACUGUUGGGCGGAAAAGUAAACCCCUCGGAAGCGCAAUUGUACCUCGACAUUGGCGAGGAUAUGAAUGUACCUGAUGACUUUACGCAGAAGGAAAUGCAAACAGGUCUCUGGUGGCGGCACCUUGUUGCCGGUGGCAUCGCUGGAGCAGUUUCGCGUACGUGCACAGCUCCGCUGGACAGAGUUAAAGUGUUUUUGCAGGUGCAAACGUGUAAAAUGGGAAUCUCAGAGUGUAUGAAGAUAUUGCUUAAAGAAGGUGGCUCGCGCAGCAUGUGGCGCGGUAAUGGUAUCAAUGUCCUGAAGAUUGCACCAGAAACGGCGCUGAAAUUUGCCGCCUAUGAGCAAAUGAAGCGUCUGAUACGUGGCAAUGACUCGACACGCCAAAUGACCAUUGUCGAGCGCUUCUACGCGGGUGCCGCGGCUGGAGGCAUUUCGCAGACCAUCAUCUAUCCCAUGGAAGUAUUAAAAACGCGGUUAGCCCUUCGCAAGACCGGUCAGUACGCAGGCAUAGCCGAUGCGGCGACCAAAAUCUACAAACACGAAGGCGCGCGCAGCUUUUAUCGUGGAUACGUGCCCAACAUUUUGGGCAUAUUGCCAUACGCCGGCAUCGAUCUGGCCGUAUACGAGACGCUCAAACGCCGAUACAUAGCUAGCCAUGAUAACAAUGAGCAGCCCAGCUUCUUGGUGCUGUUGGCCUGCGGCAGUACAUCGAGCGCGCUUGGUCAACUGUGCUCCUACCCGCUGGCCCUAGUGCGCACGCGGCUACAGGCACAAGCCGCCGAGACGAUUUCUAGCCAGACGCGAAAAACACAGAUUCCAUUGAAAAGCAGCGAUGCGCACAGCGGCGAGGAGACAAUGACGGGAUUGUUCCGCAAGAUUGUGAGACAGGAGGGCCUAACGGGACUGUAUCGUGGCAUAACGCCAAAUUUCCUGAAGGUGCUGCCCGCCGUUUCCAUUAGUUACGUUGUCUACGAAUAUACAAGUCGAGCGCUGGGCAUCAAGAUGUCGUGAUUUGUUUACCCCCUCCUCAUCUCCUGCGUGGCCGUCUGCAGUGCGGAUGGUGCUAUGCCGUGCGAGUGCGGAUGGCUCUAGUGCAGUGCUCCAUUUUGUAUAGUAGUAGUGGUAGAUGUAAGAUAUGGCGUGCCCGCCAUUCGCUCUCUGCUGCAUUGACAGACUCUUCUUUUUAAGACAAAUGAUUAGAUGCUUUCCUUAAGUGUAGAACAAGCCUCUUCCAUGCUCUUGGUGUAUAUUUCUAUAUAAUUUAUAGUUAAAUUAGUUUUGGUUACUUUCUAAAAAUACAAAAUAAGUGAUACUAUGGCUAAUUUAUUUAUAAAUAUGGAAUAUGUGAAAUUUUAGGCAUGUGGAGCAGGGCGCGAUCAAAUACCCAAGUUUCUUAACUUAUCCUACAAUCGCAGUAGGCUCAAGCCGUUGUAACUUUAAGUGCUAAUUUAUUGAAACAAACACAAAAGCAGGUAGAUUAUGUCAGAGCAGUAUGUUUUAAAUAAGUCGCGUGGUCGCAGUGCUAUGUCUAUAAAUACCAAAAAAGAAUAAUGAAAACGAAUCGUGCAGCUGCAAGAGAUGCUGAUGAAACUAACCGCAACGCAACAAAAUGGUUAAAUUCAACUUCAAGCAUUUUAUCUCUGCAAACUCUGAAAUUGUGGAGUGUCUAGACAACUAUAAUAAGCUACAAGGUUUUACCGCGUCCAAGUGCUUAAGCUGGGACAGGCGAUAUAACUAAAAGAAAAUAAAGUGAGCGAUAAAAAUAUAACAAAAAAAAAAAAAGAGUGUGGAAAAUCAAAUGAAUGAAUACUUAGGAGCGUUUUAAGCUUGUACACAAAAGACAUAAACUACUCGUAUUUGUUUAGCAUAAAAUUACAGAAAUAACAAUUAAUACUUAACGUUUGAAAUGUGAUGAUAAUAGUUAAUAAUAUACAUACCUACAUACAUACAUACAUAUAAUAAUACAAGUACCAACCUAUGCGCUUCUAA